AUGAUUCGCCUUACUAUCGAUGCGUGCCUCCGUCUCCGGAAUGCCGCGGACAGCGACAUCCUCGUCGCCCGCCCCUUCGUGCGCGUCCUCGUCAUCGACGACCGUGCCCCCACCCGGGGCGGGGGCCGCCAGGUCUUCGUCACGGACGGCGCGAGCUACGCACACGUCGCUCUCGAGCAGCCCCUCGUCGAGAAGCUCGGCGCCGAGCUGCACAUCGGCUCAGUCCUCAGGCUCCUCGAGGCAUACAGGCUCCCCGCCGACGAUCCCUGCCCCGUCAUGGUCAAGUGCGCCCAGGUCAUGUAUGUGGGCAUGGACGACGUUGAGACGGAUGGCGGUCCCGAGCUCGACGAACCCCUCCUCAAGGUCACGGGCGACGGUCAAGAAUUAAUCCAGAUCAGAAACGAGCGGGACGAGGAGCACCGCCGCCGCUGCCUUCUUGAGUAUGCCAUGAAGAGUGUCUGCAUCGAUCUCGCCCCCGGGCACGAGGGCGCGUACAGCCUCGUGCACGCUGCGCACCUCGCUCAUGGAGUACUCGUGGCUACUACCCUCACUGGCAGUAUCUACAUUCAGAGGCUAGUAGUACUACUGGCAGUCCACACCUCCGACAUCGACAUGAUCUUACUCACGAAGGAUGCUUGCUGUCGCCUCCGCGACGCCGCGGACGACGAGAUCCUCACCGCACGCCCGCUCGUACGCGUUCUCGUCAUCGAGGCCCGUGCCCACAACUGGGGCGGGGGCUACCAGGUCUUCGUCACGGAUGGCCAGGGCUACGCACACAUCGCCAUUGCCCCAGUCCUCGCUCAGAAGCUCGGCAGUGGGCUGCACAUCGGCACCGUCAUCAGGCUACUGCAAGCGACUAGAAACCCAGCCGACGAUCCCUGCUCCGUCAAGGUCGAAUGCGCCGAAAUCACGUACGCGGGCAUGCAUGACGUUGAAACGGACGGCUCUGAGGGUCCCGAGCUGGACGAAGCGCUUAUUAGGGUCACGGGCGAUCGGCAAGAUGUCAUUCAGGCCAGAAACGAGCGGGACGAGGAGCGCCGCCGCCGCCGCCUCCUUGAGUACGUUAUGAAGGUCAUCUGCCGCGACCUCGCUCUCGGGCACAAAGGCGGCAUCCCGCCGCGGUUGGUCGAGAUGAUCAUUGCGAUGCUCAACUCGGACGACUCGGAGCCAACAUCCUAG